AUGGAGGAUCAAUUGACAAAGGUGCCCACUCACGAUCUUCAGUCCCUUUUGUGUUCGUCCAAAAGAGAUUUCCUUAUUCGCAACGAAGGUGACCAGGUUAAGGUCGAGAGUUUGAAGGGAAAGAAAGUUGGAUUAUAUUUCUCGGCGUCGUGGUGCGGCCCGUGUCAAUCAUUCACCCCGAAAUUGGUGGAGGUGUAUAAGGAGCUGCUUUCUGAUGGCAAAUUUGAAGUCGUAUUUGUCUCUGCUGAUCGAGAUAAUGAGUCAUUCCAAAAGUAUUUCUCAAAAAUGCCUUGGCUAGCCAUUCCAUUUUCUGACUCUGAGACACGUGAUGGACUUGAUAAAUUGUUCGAUGUGUGUGGAAUCCCCCAUCUUGUGAUCCUGGAUGAGAAUGGGAAGGAAUUAACCAAAGAGGGUGUUGGAAUCAUCCGAGAACACGAGGCCGAAGGAUUUCCUUUUACCCCAGAACGAAUUCAAGAACUCAAAGAGCAAGAAGAAGAAGCUAAGAGGAACCAGUCCCUUAAAUCUUUACUGGUGUCCCCAUCACGGGAUUAUGUGAUUAGAUCGGAUGGAGAAAAGGUACCGGUUGUUGAACUUGAAGGUAAGACUAUACUCCUGUAUUUCUCCGUGUUUGCAUCCAAAAUGUCACUUGCUUUUACUCCGAAGCUUGUUGAAUUUUAUCAAGAGUUGAGAAACGAAGGAGAGAAUUUUGAGAUUGUGAUGAUACCCCUCAAGUAUGAGGAGAUGUCAUUUAAGCAAGAGUUUGAAGGCAUGCCGUGGCUUUCAUUGCCCGUAUUGGACAAAACUUGUGAAAAGUUAGUCCGUUACUUUGAGCUCUCUACUCUGCCAACCGUUGUUGUCAUUGGGCCAGAUGGAAAAACUGUUCAUCCUAAUGUUGCUCAAGUCAUUGAAGAUCACGGAAGAAAGGGCUAUCCUUUUACGCCUGAGAAAUUUGCUGAGAUUGAAGAACUGGAGAAGAUAAAGAGGGAAUCACAAACUCUUGAAUCAAUUUUGGUAUCAGAAGAUUGCGACUUUGUAAUCGGGAAAGAUGGAGUUAAGGUUCGGGUUUCUGAGCUUGUUGGAAAAAAUAUACUACUGUACUUUUCCGCGCAUUGGUGUCCUCCAUGCCGUGCUUUUCUACCUAAGCUCAUAGAAGCAUACCAUGAAAUCAAAGUAAAGGACGACAAAUUUGAAGUGAUAUUCAUCUCCAGUGACAGAGACCAAAAAUCCUUUGAUGAAUUCUUUUCAACGAUGCCAUGGCUGGCAAUUCCAUUUGGGGAUAAAAGGAAGGGGUCUUUAAGUCGUCUGUUCAAGAUUCGUGGCAUCCCGGCGUUAGUAGCAGUAGGGCAAACUGGCAAGACUGUCACGACUGAAGCCAGAAAUCUUAUCGCUGAUCAUGGUGCAGAUGCUUACCCGUUCACUGAGGAACGCAUUAAGGAGAUUGAGGAACUGUACGAAAAGAUGGCCGAGGAGUGGCCGAAAAAAGUGAGGCACACACUUCACCAGGAGCACGAACUUGAUCUCACCAAGCGUGUAGGUUAUUGUUGUGAUGGAUGCGAUGAAUCUGGACGAGGAUGGUCAUUCUGGUGUAAGGAGUGCGACUUUGAUCUCCACCCGAAGUGUGCUUUAGGUGACAAGGAUGGGGGCGAGGAAAUAAAAGGCGACGUCCAGGCAGAAGAUGAAGAGAAGAAUCCCAAGGAAGGCUGGACUUGUGAUGGAGAUGUCUGCAACAAAGCAUAA